AUAUAGUGCAGAGUUAUCCGGCUGCUCUGCCUUGGGACUGUGAGAUUAGGCUGCAGCCAAAGUCGACCACACGACCUCUCCAUCUUUGUUCCCCCUGUUUUGAUAAGAAGAACAUCUCGUGCUAGAACAGCUUUUCUGCUCCACAGGCGGCUCCUCUGUCUUUACCCACUUCACACCGAGUCAGGCAGCUUCAAACACAGGGACAAAAAUGAACGGUACGAUGGACGGGAACUACGACCACGUUCCUCAUGAUGGCUCCUUCAUGUUUACCUCCGAAUCUGUGGGAGAGGGACAUCCUGAUAAGAUCUGUGAUCAGAUCAGUGAUGCUGUACUGGAUGCUCACCUAGAGCAAGACCCUGAUGCCAAAGUGGCUUGUGAGACGGUGUGCAAGACGGGCAUGGUGCUACUCUGUGGUGAGAUUACAUCCCGGGCCAACGUAGACUACCAGGGCGUGGUGAGAGAAACCAUCCGAUACAUUGGUUACGACAGCUCAGAGAAAGGAUUUGAUUACAAGACCUGUAACGUGCUGGUGGCUCUGGAGCAGCAGUCCCCCGACAUCGCACAGGGAGUUCAUAUUGAUCGUCUGGAGAAUGACAUCGGAGCCGGAGACCAGGGCCUGAUGUUUGGAUACGCCACAGAUGAGACAGAGGAGUGCAUGCCCCUCACCAUCGUCCUCGCGCACAAACUCAACGCCAAGAUGGCCGAGCUGAGACGAAACGGGACAGUCCCUUGGCUCCGCCCCGACUCCAAGACACAGGUGACAGUUCAUUACAUCCAGGAAAACGGGGCAGUGAUCCCCAAGAGGGUCCACACUGUGGUGAUCUCUGUGCAGCACGACGACUACAUCAGUCUGGAGGAGCAGAAGAAAGUCCUGAAGGAGAAGGUGAUCAAAGCCGUGGUCCCCUCCAGGUACCUGGACGAGAACACCAUCUACCACCUGCAGCCCAGCGGACGCUUCGUGAUCGGCGGACCACAGGGCGACGCUGGAGUGACAGGCAGGAAGAUCAUCGUCGACACGUAUGGCGGCUGGGGGGCCCACGGUGGCGGGGCCUUCUCUGGGAAGGACUACACCAAGGUGGACCGCUCGGCUGCCUACGCCGCCCGCUGGGUGGCCAAGUCUCUGGUGAAGGCCAAACUGUGCAGGAGGGUGCUGGUGCAGGUGGCGUAUGCGAUCGGCGUAGCUCAUCCCCUGUCCAUCUCCCUCUUCACCUACGGCUCCUCUCCGAAGACGGAGACGGAGCUUCUACAGAUCGUCAACAAAAACUUUGACCUCAGACCCGGCGUCAUCGUCAGGGACCUGGACCUGAAGAGACCAAUCUACCAGAAGACGGCCUGCUACGGACACUUUGGCAGGAAGGAGUUUCCCUGGGAAGUCCCAAAGAACCUUAACUUCUAGUGUAUCUACUGUAUGUACCAGUGUGUGCGUGUGUGUGGGUGUGUGAGUGAGUGAGUGAGUGAGUGAGUGAGAGAGUGAGUGAGUGAGUGAGUGAGUGAGCGUGUGUGUGUGUGUGUGUGUGUGUGUGUGUGUGUGUGUGUGUGUGUGUGUGUGAAGAGAGUGUCAGUGAUUUAUAGACAGCUGUCCUCGCGCUCCUGUAACCCAGUAAGAGAAAGGCAGCUGCAAGUGAACAGGGGAGGGGACGGAGGGAUGGGUCGGGGUGGAGGU